GGUAGGGGGAGGGGGAGAAAUAUGCCUUUGAUGUUCUUUGCCGCUGAAUGGUGAAUUGUGUUCGUGCUGGCCUGGAAAUACCCACUGCUUUGCUCUCUCGGCUGGAGGUGGAGGCUCGGCAUUUCCCUUCCUAGCUACGUUAGCAAGGCAAACAAGCGUCUGAAUCACAGGGAGCUGGUACAGGUAGCGCAGAAGACAGUGGUUUUACUCUUGAGACCACACUUAUCUGCUGUGCGGGCUGAGGGCAGGCAAGAACAAUGGCUACCCAGUCUGAUUUGAUGGAGUUGGACAUGGCAAUGGGAGACAGCAAGGCUGCAGUGAGCCAGUGGCAGCAGCAGUCCUACCUGGACUCAGGAAUUCAGUCUGGAGUAACAACCUCAGCUCCAUCUCUGAGUGGCAAGGGAAACCCUGAUGCCGAGGAGGAUGAUCCAGGUCUCUACGACUGGGAGUUCAACCAGCCCUUCACUCCUGAGCCUACAGACAUGGAGGGGUAUGCCAUGACCCGGGCCCAGCGCGUGCGUGCUGCCAUGUUCCCUGAGACCUUGGAGGAGGGCAUCCAGAUCUCACCUACCCAGCUGGACGCUGCCCACCCCACAGCAGUGCAGCGCCUGGCGGAGCCCUCUCAGAUGCUGAAGCAUGCUGUGGUCAACCUCAUCAACUAUCAAGAUGAUGCUGAGCUGGCCACUCGUGCCAUCCCUGAGCUUACCAAACUGCUUAAUGACGAGGACCAGGUUGUCGUGAACAAAGCAGCUGUGAUGGUGCAUCAGUUGUCCAAGAAGGAGGCAUCGCGCCACGCCCUGAUGCGCUCGCCACAAAUGGUUUCGGCCGUUGUACGUGCUAUGCAGAACACUGGGGAUGUGGAGACAGCUCGCUGCUCUGCUGGCACCUUACACAACCUUUCCCACCAUCGUGAGGGGCUCCUCGCAAUCUUCAAGUCUGGAGGCAUUCCUGCUCUUGUUAAGAUGCUUGGCUCGCCAGUGGACAGUGUGUUGUUCUACGCCAUCACCACUCUCCACAACCUGUUGUUGCACCAGGAAGGAGCAAAGAUGGCAGUGCGUCUGGCUGGAGGUCUGCAGAAGAUGGUGGCCCUGUUGGCUAACACCAACGUCAAGUUCCUGGCAAUCACUACUGACUGCCUGCAGAUCCUUGCAUAUGGCAACCAGGAAAGCAAGCUGAUCAUUCUGGCCAGCGGUGGUCCCCAGGCUCUGGUUAACAUCAUGAGGACCUUCACAUACGAGAAGCUGCUGUGGACCACAAGCAGAGUGCUCAAGGUGCUCUCUGUCUGCUCCAGCAACAAGCCUGCCAUCGUCGAGGCUGGAUGCAUGUAGGCCUUGAGGCUUCACCUGACAGUCCCUGU